GACAACUCUCGCGAGAGUUUAUCAAGUCUGACGUUUCCGUUGUGAUUCAGGCGACAAGUGUACUUCUGUCAAAAAUGCGAACCUCACGAGCAUGUCAGUUGGCAACUGAAAGAAACCUAACGCGUAUGGUCCAGCUGUGAUGUUACAGUGCAGCCCUUCCCCUCAUUAAAAAUGGCAGCAGUACAUAGACUGAGGGCUCUCCUCAGCCUUCAUCGUUCUGUGACGUUGCAGCCCAGCUUAGGGUUUGUGCCAGUACAGUUGACAUCAACCUGCCUUUUCAGGGGGCUUUCAAGUUCUGAUACUAAAAACAGUGAGUCCCCACCACCAGUGAACUCAGAGAAUAAAUCUCUGCUGGAGAACCUGAAUCUCAUGGGAGUUGACGUGACAAAGGCACGGCAGCGUCAGCCCGGAGUGCUUCGUAAAGCCUGCACUAAUGAGCAAGCUGUUGCUCAGUUUCUGAAAGGCAAAGGUGUCAGUCACAAGAUAAUUGCCAGCAUCAUAUCCCGUUAUCCCCGUGCUAUCACCCGCUCAGUUGGACACUUGGAGCAGCGCUGGGGGCUGUGGAGAAACAUCUUUGAGACUGAUGCAGAAAUUGUGACCAUCCUGGACCGCUCACCUGAGUCUUUCUUCCGCUCCAGUGAUAAUGGGAACUUGGAGAAGAACAUAGCCUAUCUGUUCUCACUGGGAAUGAACAAAAAAGACCUCCAUCGGCUGCUGAAAACAGCGCCGCGGACAUUCUCCAACAGUGUGGCGCUGAACAAGCAGAUGAUGGAGUUGCUGGAGGACACCUGUGUUGAACUCGGUGGAAAGAAUCCAGAGCAGUUUGCUAAAGCUCUCAUAUCCAGAAACCUUUACAUUCUUAUCCGAAGCGUUAAGAGAGUCAAGACAAACAUUAAUAUCCUGAGAAGUUCUCUUAAAUUAAGUGAUUCAGAGCUGCUUGCUCUUCUUCAAGGCCCUGGCGCAGAAAUUCUGGACCUUUCCAGUGAAUAUCUGAGGAAGAAUUUCAACAGCCUCCAGCAGAGGAUGAUUUCACUUGGCUGUCAACAAGCUGACAUAGAAAAAAUGAUCCUGAGCUAUCCAAUGGUUUUGUACAUUGGGUUGGACACCUUGAGGGCAAAACUGGACUGUCUCUUGAAAGGAGGAAUAGCAAUCGAGCAGAUAGUGGAAAAGCCAAAGGUUUUAGACUACAGCACACAGAACAUUGCAUUUCGAAUAGAGGAGUUGAAGAAAGUGGGAUACGACUUUGAGAAGAAUGGCAUCAGUGUGCUGGACACGAGCCGGAAGCGGUUUGAUGCAAAGCUGCAAAGACUUGCUGCCUCAUUAGAUCAAUGAAAGUAUCUGUCUGUAGUAUGAUGUCACAUAAUGUUAGAUGAUCCUCAUACUUGAACCUGGCUUCAGGAUAAUCAUGUUUAUGUUGCUUGUGUAGUAACCAGCUUAUGAUUUCUGACAUCUGAUGUCUCUUUUAUAACAUUUGAAUAUACAGUAUCUGGUUGCGCUACAGUUGACAAGUUUUGUCCGAUUGCCAAUGAAAUAAAUUAAUUUACACUGUG